UUAGCUCUCCUCCCGAAUCAAUCCAGUCGAAACCCUAACCCUAGCCCCGCCAUGGCGCCCGCCACCAGAUCCGUGGUCCUCCGCCUCGACGACCUGGCCCUCCCGCCGCGGUACCUCACCGUCGCCUCCGACCUGCCGGUCUCCCACCUCCUCCGCUCCCUCCCCCUCCCCUCCUCCUCCUUCUACCUCACCUCCGAUGGCCGCCCGUUCUCCCCAUCCGCCCCCGUCGCCGCCCUCCCGCCCUCCGCCUCCCUCCAGCUCCGCCUCCGCGCGCUCCGCGGCGGGGGCGGCGACGGCGGCUCGACCUGCGCCGAGUCGCGCGACUGCUACCUCUCCAUGUACCUCGCCAAGAAGCCCGACAAGGCCGACCCCAACGAGGCCCGCCUCUCCCGCUUCACCUGCUGCGCGCUCUCCGGGGAGCCCCUGGCCGCGCCCGCCGUCGUCGAUCGCCUCGGCAACCUCUUCAACAAGGAGCCCCUCGUCGAGGCGCUCCUCCACAAGCGCCUGCCCAAGGCGCUCGCGCACAUCCGCGGCCUCAAGGACAUGAUCCCCAUCCACCUGCACCCCAAGCCCGGCGCGGCCGACGAGGAGGUCCGUUUCCAGUGCCCCGUCACCGGGUUCGAGUUCAACGGCAAGUCCCAGUUCCUUGCGCUCCGAGGAUGCGGCCACGUGCUCAGCGUCAAGGCUCUCAAGGAGGUGAAGACGCCCGGGUGUUUGGUGUGCCAUAAGGAGUUCGAGGAGGCCGACAAGCUGCCCAUCAACGGGACUGAGGAGGAGGUGGCGGCGUUGAGGCAGAGGAUGGAGGAGGAGAGAGGGAAGUUGAAGGACAAGAAGGAUAAGAAGCUGGCCAAUGGGCUCAGUGGGAGUAAGCAUGCUGCUCCUGCUGCUAUAGCAGACACUGAGAAGUUGGAGAACGGGAAGAAAGGGGACGCUGCCCCAGCAAAGCGGUAUAAGGCUGCCGAUCAUGCGCCGGCUUAUGCAAACAAGAAGGUGUAUGCAUCAAUUUUCACUUCCUCCAACAAGUCCGAUUUCAAGGAGACCUACUCGUGCCGGUCACUCCCCCUUGGAAGGAACUAAAUUGUUGUCAAAGAGGUGCCAAUGGCAUGGAGGUUAACCUCUUGUACCUGACUCUGUGAUCUGUUUACUACCAUGCCUCUUCUCCCACAAGUUAUGGCAUUGUUGUUUUAGUUGUUGUUCUUAUCUAUGCUGGAUUGCUGUGUGGAGCUUUCCAUUGUUCACUCUCAGAGAAGCAAUAUGUUCCUACAAAUGGUUUGUGAAAUAUGUAAUAGUUCAAACUGUUAGCAAGUAUAUCAUUGGGUACCUCUCAAGGUAAAUCUAAGUGUUCCUAGUGUUCUUUGAUGCAACAUCCACUGUAUCUCUGGCUACACAGUUUCAUCUAACGAUUUGUUUGAAUAAAGAUGCGAUUUAUGUACA